UUGAUUUAUUACUAGACCUAUAGAAACUUUCGAAAAUACAAAUGUAAUAAAUAUAGCGAAAAAAUUUCAAUUAUUUCCAAGAGGUAGCGCUGUUGUACUCGAAACAUUUUAGCGUCAUGUCAAACUAUUGUAUCGCCGAUAGAACUGCAUGUUUUGAACAUAUUUUUUAUGUGUAAACAGUGAUUAAUUUACUUCCUAUAUGAUUUGUCGCUUGUUUUGUUAUUAAUAGAAAUGUAUUUUUGACGAGGACUUUAAUUUGAGUCCUAAAAAAUGAUAUUUUUUUCGACGAUGCGAUUGUUUAUAACGUCGAUAACAUAACCUCAAUUUCGUUGAUUUGGAAAAUUAAGAGAUAAAUUGAAACAACAAAAUGUCAGAUGUACGUGAUAUAUUGGACAUCGAAAUUCCAACUACUACGGAACUUACGAAAGAAUCUAUUUUGGGAAGUGAUAAAAAAAAUAAAAAGAAAUAUGAGUAUAAGGUACCGAAACGUCCAGAGGGUAUGCACAGAGAAGUGUUUGCUUUGUUGUGCAAAGAUAACACUGACGUGCCACCAUUAUUUCCAACCGAUACAGCCAAGGGAUAUAAACAAGUUAGAGCUAAGUUGGGUAUGAAAAAGGUAAGACCAUGGAAGUGGACUCCGUUUACUAAUCCAGCUAGAACUGAUGGAGCUGUUUUCCAUCAUUGGAGACGAGUUGCCGAUGCAGGAAAGGAAUAUCCUUUUGCUAAGUUCAAUAAAAAGGUUCCUAUACCGACUUAUACCAAUGCGGAGUAUGUUCAACAUUUAGUUACUAACGGUUGGACUCGAGCAGAGACAGAUCACUUGUUUGAUUUGUGUAGAAGAUUUGAUCUUAGAUUUAUUAUAAUUAAAGAUAGAUGGGAUCGAGCAAAAUUUUCUGCCAGAACUGUAGAAGAAUUGAAAGAAAGAUAUUACCAAGUUUGUGCAGCAUUGACUAAAGCAAAAUCUCAUACAGAUAAAGUUUACAGUUUUGACGCAGAGCAUGAGAAACGUAGAAAAGAACAGUUAAAAAAAUUGUUCGAACGGACGCCGGAACAAGUGGAAGAAGAGCAGACUUUAUUAGCUGAGUUGCGUAAGAUAGAACAAAGAAAGAAAGAAAGGGACAGAAAAACUCAAGAUUUGCAAAAACUUAUAACCGCAGCAGACCAUCAAGCAGAUCCUAGAAAAAGCGAAAGAAAACCUUCCAAAAAGAGUAGUAAUUCUUCUAGGAACAGACCAAAUAAAACCGAUGCUUCUCAUGCUGUAGAAUCUGCCGGUAUUAAGUUCCCUGACUUCAAAAACAGUGGAGUUUCAUUGAGAUCGCAAAGAAUCAAAUUGCCAAGUAGUCUUGGACAAAAGAAAAUGAAAGGCAUUGAACAGAUGUUAAACGAAUUAAACAUAGAACUAAAUCCUCCACCUACAGAACAAAUAUGUCAGCAAUUUAAUGAAUUAAGAAGCGACAUAGUACUUCAUUAUGAAUUACGAAGUGCUUUAUCUACCUGCGACUACGAAUUACAAUCGUUAAGACAUCAAUACGAAGCUCUUGCACCAGGAAAAACCCUGACAAUACCACCUGCUCUACUACCAAAAACAGAACCUGAAGUAAAAGCAGACAUAAUAGAUGUUGUUGGAUCGCCGAGUAUGCCAAGUGUAAAUCAUUAAGUAUUAAUUAACUAAGCAUUGUAAAUAUCAUAUAAUCUAAACCAAUCGAUUUGUAUAUACUUAUGCGAAAUAAUUAAUCCAUUGGCUUUUGAAAUAUUUCUUCUAAGAUUUUUUCUUGUAAGGUUUCUACUUUCUGUGAAACAAAUAAAAACGAAAGAACAAAAUUAAAAUUCAUCGAAGAUAUAAAAGACCUCACUUUCUAUUUCAUUUCGACAAGAUCAAAAUUAAGAUCAAUAGACGAUCCUAAUCGAAACGUGAAUAUACAUACAUAUAAAAAGGUUAAAGGAGUAUACGACGUAUUUACUUAUAUAUCUGUGUAUUUUAUAUUGUCGACAAAAAGUAACAAUGUACGGUGAAACCGUAUAAUUUAUCUACAACAAUCUACAAUAGAUUACAAUAUGUUGUCUUGUCGGAGGAUGGCGGAGAAGGACGAAUACAAGAACGGGACUUGAUGGGAAGUUUUUCCUUACAUAUUUUUUUUAUUUUCAUUUUUUUUUCCUUUUUCUUCUUUCUUUUCUUAUCUUCUUUAAACGAGGAUAAAGGUCGGUGGGAGAGGGGUGGAGGUCGGAAGGGGAAUAGGA